AUGGCAUGCAAGAAAAAGAUUCGAUCACUGAUUGAGGGAACAGAUGGAAAUUUCCAGCUCUUGUGUAACUGUGUAAGCGAAGAAAUCAACGAGAUAAAGGUAGAAGAUGCAUAUCAGUUAACAGAAGACAACACAACAGAACUGAUUCGGACUGACUUGCUUAGAAUAAAAUACCCGCUGUUUCAGUCAAACGUACCUGCUGAAUUUCCGCACAUUGUAAAUGGUACACCGAGAAUUCCUCAUAUCAUACACCAGAUAGGUGACAGCACAAAAAUAUCUGACAACUUUCUAGAGGGCAUGAGGUCAUUUGUAAAACAAAAUCCAACGUGGGUAUACAGGUUUUGGACUUAUGACUCUGGAUACAGGUUUCUAAAGAAAUAUCAUCCUUAUUUGGUAGAUAUAUAUCACAACUUUGGAGAAAAAGAUGUUAAAAAGGCUGAUCUGUUACGGUAUGCUGUGAUUUAUACAUACGGUGGCAUUUAUGCUGAUCUUGACGUAAAGAAUUUACGGUCACUUAAUAUAACAACGACCAAAUACGCCUGCAUUAUACCAACGGAACCUUUUGAACAUGCUGGUAUCAUUUAUAGAGAAAACUUUAUACUGAGCAGUUCUGUAUUGUUGUGUCGUCCAAAUCACCCGUUUUUUGAAAUGUUACUUAAGUAUUUACAGCUUGCUAACCCUAGAGGGCAUCCUGUCGCUACUACAGGACCAGUAUAUUUGACAAGAAUAUACAUGAAAUAUAAUAACUUAAGCUAUCAAGACGUCUCAAUGUCUGUAUUGAAUGACAGCAGGUCAAAUUCGCCAUAUUUCUACAAAGGAACAAUAGAUGAAGAGAGCGACGAAGGAAUAUAUAUACCCAACUCUCAAUACUUUGGAGAUAAGGUUGAACCUGAUCGGAUAAAUAAAAAAGGUGACCUAAAGGACUGUGCCAAAGAGCUACUUGUCAAUGCACCGGUACUCAAACAACGAGCAUGUAAAGAGUUUGAAAGUCGAAAAGUGUUAAGGAAAGAUAAAACGUUUACAUUUACUUUACACUACUGGUUUCAUUUGUGGUCACAAGGGAAAGAAACUUUGGACUUUAUGCAAAGAUAUGAUAUAACAGAGGUUAUUCCUAACGCUGUUCUGUUUCAAGGUUAA